AUGUCCCGCAAUAUCUCAUAUGGCCGUGGAGGCGCAGGCAACAUUACCCGCCAACAAAGCGCACCGACCCCCAAGGACCUCGUCACGCCCACCAUCAAACAGGAGGUGUACACCACCGGCCGCGGCGGCUCUGGAAACAUGGUUCACAACGAUCCCGACCGACCGGACCUUGCGCGCGAGAGUCAAGACGUCGAGUCACCCCCCUUGCGUGCGCAGCAGAUCCCCCACCAUACUGGCCGAGGCGGUGCUGCCAAUGCCUACAUCCCCACCGCCGAAGAAGAGGAACACGAGAAGAAGAUCCAGGAGCACGAGGCCGAGCUGAUGCGGGUGCGCACACUGUCCAAGGAGCGGGUCAAGGAGAUUGAACACGAGCGCCAGGAGUUGCGGAGAGAUUCGCCUGCCUCUUAG